GAAGAGAUUGGUGUUGCACUGUGAGGCCUUUAAACAUUUAACACAGGACUGGGUCUUCAUGACUCACACGCUGGAUACGUCACAGACAAAAGAGCCCAGCUCAAGCUGUCAUAUUGCGUGCGUGCGCGCGCGCGCGCCUGCCCGCCCACCCGCGUGUGCAGCGAAGUCCUCCACACAGCGGGUCGCUGUUCGCUCCUGUUUCGCCUCGCUGUCUGGCCGCUCCAGCGUCACCAGGCGGGACGGCGAGGAGCUGAAGAGCCGCGGAGAUGAGCGUGAUGACGCCUGCGAUGACGGCUUGCUGAGCCGCGAUGGACCCGCUGGAACACGCCGAGGCGCCACAUCGUCGCACGCGGGAGAAGGGCGCCGAGAACUUGAAGCCGGGCUGCUGGCCGCCGUGGAGCCGCUUCUCCUCCUGGCUCGAGUGUGUGUGCGUGGUCACCUUCGACCUGGAGCUCGGACAGGCCAUUGAGCUUGUCUACCCCCAAGAUGUGAAACUUACGGAAAAGGAGAGAACAAGUAUUUGCUACAUGUCAUUUCCAGAUUCUUACUCAGGGUGCCUGGGAGACACGCAGUUCAGCUUCAGGCUCCGCCAGUCCGUGGGCCAGAAGGGCUCGCGGUUCGGACCGGAGGACACCUACAACAGGGACGCGCCUGUCACCUUGCAGAGGGAGGUGGCACAUUACUACGGGUUCGUGUACUUCAGGCAAGUGAAGGACGUCUCUGUGAAAAGGGGCUACUUUCAAAAGUCCUUGGUCCUGGUGUCCAGGCUGCCUUAUGUCAACCUCUUCCACUCCUUGCUGCAGCUCAUAGCGCCCGAGUACUUUGAGAAGUUGGAGCCUUGCCUCGAGGCAGUGUGCAAUGAGAUUGACCAGUGGCCCAGUCCAGUGCCAGGGAUGACCCUCAACCUGCCAGUGAUGGGCGUCGUGAUGCAGGUCCGGAUCCCAACAACAAACGACAAAUUGGGAGGAAGCCCCCUGCGGCAGUCCCAGAAGGAGAAUCUGCUGCCAGCUCCCAUGGUCCUUCCAACCAUCCACGAGUUGGACUUGUUUAGGUGCUUUCAGUCUCUCCUGAUCCACAUCCAGAUGCUGUGGGAGCUCAUGUUGCUAGGAGAGCCUGUGGUUAUUAUGGCCCCUUCUCCGACGGUCUCCUCGGAAACGGUCCUGGCCCUCGUCAGCUCCAUCUCUCCCCUGAAAUACUGCUGUGACUUCCGCCCUUACUUCACCAUCCACGACAGCGAGUUCAAGGAGUACACGACGCGGACGCAAGCUCCGCCCAACGUGAUCCUGGGGGUGACCAAUCCCUUUUUCAUCAAGACCUUCCAGUACUGGCCCCACGUCAUCCGCCUUGGGGAGCUUAAAAUGUCCGGCGAUUUGCCGAAGCAGCUGAAGGUGAAGAAGCUGGCAAAGCUGAAGACAUUAGAUACCAAGUCAGGUGUUUACACUGCAUAUAAGACAUUUCUUCACAAAGAUAAAGCCCUCAUUAAAAGACUUUUAAAGGGCAUCCAGAGGAAGCGGCCAUCCGAGGCACAGUGCGCCAUCCUCCGGAGACACCUGCUUGAGCUCACACAGAGCUUUAUCAUCCCGCUGGAGCGAUAUUUGGCCAGCCUGAUGCCCCUGCAGAAAUCUGUCACUCCAUGGAAGACCCCUCCUCAGAUCCGACCCUUUAGCCAAGAGGAGUUCAUGGGGACCCUGGAGCAUGCGGGACCUCAGCUCACCUCUGUGCUCAAGGGCGACUGGAUGGGCUUGUACAGACGAUUCUUCAGGUCCCCAAAUUUCGACGGCUGGUAUCGUCUCCGGCACAAAGAGAUGACCCAGAAGCUUGAGCUGCUCCACCUGGAGGUGAUCUGUGAGGCGGACCUGCAGCUGUGGCUUAAAGACAAGUCCGAGGUGGAGAUCGUGGACCUGGUGCUGAAGCUGCGAGAGAAGCUGACCAAGGCUUGCCGGCAGCAGCUCCCCGUGAAGGACGAGGUGCUGGAGAAGCUGGAGUGCCGCAUCCAGAUGGUCAUUGGCUCCCUGCCAGAGGACCUGCAGACAGUGCUGCUCCGUCACUGACUGCUCCAGCAUCACCCCACACACACACACACACACAC